ACGAAUGACCAUGAAAUUACACCUAUAAAGUUUCCCUCUGAGGCACGAGUCCCAGCAAAUUGUUAGUAGAAAAGCAGCAGUCGCCCAUGCAUACCGCUCUCCCCAUUCCGCGCCACCAAUUUUGUGUAAGGGAAAGGCAAAAGCUGAUACGGCUUAACACCAGUGACGUCGCAACUUCUGAAAGAGAAAGUUCAACACGCUAAAGCAAAAGAAAAAAAAAAUGCUAAAUUAUCCAAAUAAAAUACAAUAACCGCAUACUGCUGCCUUGAUCCUUAUAUAACCUUCGUAAACAAUGUGUGAGGUUGUAGGUUAUUUAGUUGGGUGUUGGGGAUUAUGUCCGACGAGCUAACGCUGAGAAUCAGUUUCAAUCAUUAGCCAUGGGAAAUAUGCAAAUGUUGCGUCUUCAUAGCGCACCUUGCAAUAAAUCUGAGGUAUUACGCUUAUGUAACAAAAAAAAUUAUUGGUUUGAAAUUGUCUGUGAAUGAUACCCAAGGAAACGUAUAAAUAAAAUAUAUUGUCUCUUCUUUCAUUAACGAAUUCAAUCAAGAAUGCAAAUUAUCAAGCAGUGGCAGCUUUAAGAGAUACAUCACGUUCAAAUUGCGGUGAGGGGUUACACAAUAAAACCAUUAUUUUCUACACAAAUCUCUCUGAACAACGAGAACAGUGAGCGAAAUGAAAUUGCAAACAGAACAUUAAGACAUAGAGUGCAUCACAUGUAUCCCAGUCGUCUUUUUCACUGUCUUACUAAAUCAAGGGCAAAUCACUAUCACCUGCUAACCAAACUUGAACCAGCCGUCAGGAUCGUCGAUCCAUUUCAUUCUGCAAGUCGGUGGAAACUACUACCGCAACCAUGUCUAAUAUUCUUAUAUCCAUGAACUUUGUCAUUUCUCUACUAUAUCUCUGCUGUAUAUCUUGCUACAAAGCACAAAAUGCAGCUAUAUCAUCUGCCUUGGCUCCAUUUGAACUUGAAGCAUUCCAAUUUUCCAAUGAGAACGAUUCCUCAAAUAAAUACUACCUCAUCUGGGAACGUCCUGUGUACUUUCUACCUAGCAAUUAUAUUAGCCAUGCAAACAUUGACAAAGAUGCCAAUGAUUUAUUACUGCACCAGCUUACUAUUCCAUUACCAGAAGAAAGUCAACCAAAUCAAUCAUAUCAAACAGCAGAAAAUAAACCUGUUAACUUUAGAAAAAAUGAACAACAAUCAAUUGAAAACAGUACGAAUUCUGUAAACAAGGGAUUCUCAUACAAAGCCCACCAUGGAAAGAUUAAUAACAAAAUUGGUUUAUUUGGUGAUAUACAUGAAUAUAUAAUUGAAUACAAACAAAAGGAUUCAGAAGAAGCCAGCAUCAAAAGAACUGUGAAAGCAGAUGUCACGUGGUUUUGCCUUGAAGGUCUUCUCAAUCACACAUUUUACUCUAUAUAUGUAUCAGCCAACUAUUCCACUUCCUCUUUUCGGUCAGCAGAAUUCCUGUUGUACACAGAUGAAAAUAAUUCAAGUAAAACAAAUGUUUGUUCUUGUCACCCUCCUGGAGUUAAACCUGGCGAUGAGAAAUGUGACCUGAAUUCCUUAGAUAUAUGUCACUGUCGGGAAGGAUACACUGGUUUGUUUUGUCAUCAAUGUAAGCACUUUUUCUAUGAAAAAGAUGGCCAUUGCCUGUCCUGCCCUUGCAAAUCAGACUCGAGUUUCUUUUGUACCUUAGUGGGAGAAGUAGCUACUUGCUACUGUAAGAAGGGUUAUAAUGGUAAAAAUUGUGAAGUUUGUGACAAUGGCUACUUCUCGUAUUAUGACAAGUGUGCCAAGUGCAUUUGCAAUGACAAUGUUGACCUUAACUCCCCCGAGAUUUGCGAUCCCCGCACUGGUGCAUGUAUGCAUUGCCUUCGUAAUACUACUGGUUUUGCUUGUGAUGACUGCCUUCCUGGUUUUGUUGGUGACCCAAUUCUACACAAGAACUGCACAUAUGAAGGAUUUGGUAAAAAAAAGACAUCUGUGGAAUCUCAGAAACUGAGUGGCACAUUGAUUUUUCUUAUUGUUCUUGUCUGUUUCCUGUUAGUUUUCCUUUCUGUCUGUUUAUACUACCAUCGUAUUUGUACCAAAGUCAAACGACUCAACAGAAAUCAACGGAAAGAUGACCAAGCUGGCAUCAGAUUCAUUGAUAUGAAUAACCAGGAAUUUGAUGAUGGUAAUAACAGUGCUUGUUCUAGUGGAUUCCGUAUACCAGGCCAACAAAGAGACAUGCAGUAUUCUCCACUGAAAGAGUGUUUGUGACAGAUAUAUUCAAUACGAGCAAUUAACUACUUUUAUACUCUCCAAUAUCUGUAUUGUUGUAUUUCUCCACAUACAUACAUAUCUGUGUAUAUGCAUACAUACAUACAUUAUAUGUGUGAGUAUGUGUUAAGAAAAAAAUUUACUCAUGUCCAUUGUUAAUCAGUGGACAAGUAAUAUUCUACAAGACUUUUGAAAAGUUCAGUAUCUGAACUUAACAAUGUCACUCUCACAUACUCUCUCUCACCACACACACACAGGUAUUGCUGCUUGCUAUUGCCUACCCUCCAAGAAUCAAGUUUUACAAAAUGAUCCUUAAUCAUCUAAAUGAUUAAUUUAGAUGAUUAAGGAUUAACUAAUUCCACAUAUAUACAUACAGGUAAAUGGUUUUUGUUACAUAUCUCAUUGAUCCUUUCAAGCUUUAUUUAUUGGUCUACAGAGGCUGAAUCUACUGAUUUAUACCUUCAAAGACAUACUCUCAUAUCUAUCCCCCGGCCCUUAUUCUUUUUAAUCCCACAUUUCUCUCUCAGCCAAUUCUAUUACUCACCUGAAAAAAUGGUAAUGAGUUCUUGUUUCAGUUUGUUAUUAUUACUAAUUAUAUAUUAUCGUCCUCAUUGUUUUAGCAUGUACUUGUGCCAUGUUUGCAAGGGUCAGGCAAAAUUCAUUGAGUCAGAUUUUUCUACAACUAGAUGCUGUUCCUGUUGCCAAACCUCAUUUAUUUUCAAGAAUGAGUAUUACUUCCAAAUAGGUUACUCACAGAUCAGUGAAAAUGAAUGACCAAAUUAUAUGAUUGUGAUACACAUUUACAACUAUCCAAAGAGCCUCAAACACACGUUUACCUAUAUACAUUUAUGCACACACACAAAUACACACAUAUAUGUAUGUACAAAUAUAUAAACAUACAUAUAUACGUGUGUGUGUGUAUGUGAUAGUUUUCUUUCAGUUUCUAUCUACCAU